AUGAUGGUCGUAACUUCCGUCCCAAAACCUGUCCGAAAGGCCAUCAAUGGCCUUGGAGUUAACUGUAUAAAACGAUUGGCAGACUUAGGAUAAAUUGCUUCAGUCUCAGUUGUAGACCCACCAGGUAACAGUAUGCAGUUCCUCGCAGUCUUCGUUAUGGUUUUGGCCAUGCUCGCUCAGGCCAGCGGUUUCUUGUUCCCUCCACCAGCCCCUGCGGCUUGCUGGUAAGUUCUGAGAUCUUUUUUUGAGGUUCUUCUGGGGUGUUGAGGAUCUCGGCUAGUAAGAGGUCGUCGAUUAUGGCCAUUGUGGGUCAUCAUCUUCAUCAAGUUUACAAUUAGCCACCACAGAAUUAUACAGUAAUACAACUUUACCAUUUCAGUGUGCCUCCACCACCCCCAUGCUGUACCCCUCCUCCACCACCACCAUGCGGAGGCGGCUGUGCCCCACCACCGCCACCAUGUUGUCAAGCCGCCGCUCCUGCGCCCUUCAACCCAUUGGCCGCUCUUUUCGGCAAUGGCAAGUAA